AUGGUGUUGAUGGGAAGAAACCGGGUCGGGUCGUCGACGGACCCACCUACCCGAUGGUUACGCCGUCUCUACCAAUUCACCAUGGCUUAUGCUUACUGGAAAUCCGGCAAACAAUCCGAACGAUCCGUGUUUGAUUUGUAUUUUCGUAAGAACCCAUUUGGUGGAGAAUACACCAUUUACGCUGGAUUAGAAGAAUGCAUCAAAUUCCUCGCUAAUUUCAAUUUGACUCAUGAAGAGAUCGAUUUCGUUCGUGAUUCGUUGCCUGGAUGUGAGGAAGCUUUCUGUGAUUAUCUACGAGGACUUGAUUGUUCUGACAUUGAAGUGCAUCGGUUUGUCGCCGGAAAGUCUAAGCUUUUGCUUGAGUUUGGUGCUCGGAGAGCUCAGGGUCCUGAUGGCGCAAUAAACGCAUCAAAAUAUUGCUACCUUGGAGGUUUUGAUGCAACAAGUAGGAAAAUUGUUUGGAAUUCCCCUCCGCGGUACACACUCGCAUGCAUUUGUCAGCUCUUCCAUGUUGGAGCCACCAUCUCCAAGGAGCCGUACUGUAGCACUAGCUAUAGAAGAACACCAAGGUUCGAGAUCUCUGGAACAUUCCGAUGGGCACCGUUCCUGGCUCUGCAGAAAGAGAACUCCUUUUUAACCAUGCUCUUGCUUCUUUCAAAGCACAAAAUGAAGAGCAUCCCUGUGGUUGAUUUAGGUGAAGCAAAGAUCGAGAGCAUCAUCACUCAAUCAGGAGUUAUCCAUAUGUUUGCAGAAUGCGCGGGGCUCCACUGGUUUGAAGAUUGGGGAAUCAAAACUCUCUCUGAAGUCCGUCUUCCCAUUAUGUCAAAAGAUCAUAUCAUAAAGAUCUAUGAAGAUGAACCUGUUCUUCAGGUCUUCAAGCUGAUGAGGAGAAAGAGAAUCGGAGGCAUACACGUCGUUGAAAGGAAAAGUGAGAAGCCAUUGGGCGAGGGACGUCAAAAGGACUUGCAGUUGCUGGAGAAAAUCAUCGAUAAAGGUUUAAAGCAGAAGCUUGUACACAUAACUGCUUCACGGGACAAGAUAUUUGAAGAACAAAAAGUAUUGCAUCCUUUUGUAUAG